CAGUCGGGUUCAAAUCGCGCGGAGUCGCACCGGUCCGAUCUAUCGACUUGGUUUCGCGUAAAAAGUUUCACCCACCACGAAACUUCCGAACGCUGUGAAAACACUGAAACUUAUUUUAAUUAUGGCUUCAAAAUAAGUUGCUUAAAGUUUGUAGGCUGUAUUUUUUGUUGUGUAGAGUUUUUAUUUCUUGGUGAUUGUUUUACAACUUUGUUUCUAGUAAAUUAAAAAUUUGACUGUAGGCGUAACGAGUAUUAAAAUAAUCAGAAAAAGCGAACAGUGGUCGCCAAAUAAGACACAUAUUUAGGCCCCCUGAUUAUGGUCUGCUCCACCGAUGGGAUGUUCAGUUGGUGAGGCGUGGGGCCGCAGGUUCUUGAUGCUGCUGCAAGGUGAAGGCCGAGGGCCUGUCAUGGAGGAGGAGUGCUCGGCGCGGCCCUGCGCCACGGACUUCUCCAUCGCUGCCAUCAUGGCCAGGGAUCGCCAGGAGCGGAGGGCGCGGAGACACAGGGACCCAAGGGAAGACACACUUACACCUUUAGAAAAGUUCGUGGAUGCAGCCGCAUCCGCCUCCGGGUCCCCAUCACCACCUCUCCCCGAAUACGAGCGGGAUUCCCCCGUCGAUGUGUCAUCUACCUCAGAAGCAGGCUCGGCGAGCGGCGCCCCGAGCGGCUCGCGAGCCGUCUCCCCCCCACCCCGCAACCCCCAGCUCGCCGAGCGCUGGUCUAGUGAAGAAAUGAGGCAUAUACAGUGCCAUCUUGAGACUAAGGAGCUAUGGGAUAAAUUCAACGAACUAGGCACGGAAAUGAUCAUCACGAAGACUGGGAGACGCAUGUUCCCGACGGUUCGAGUGUCCUUCGCGGGGUGUCGAGCGGAGGCGCGGUACGCAGUACUCCUGGACGUGGUACCAGUAGACGGCAAGCGGUACCGCUACGCCUAUCACCGGUCCUCAUGGCUGGUCGCAGGCAAGGCUGAUCCACCGGCGCCUGCAAGACUAUACCCACACCCUGACUCACCCUUCUCCGGCGACCAGUUGCGCAAGCAAGUCGUCUCAUUCGAGAAGGUCAAGCUCACAAAUAACGAAAUGGACAAAAAUGGACAGUUGGUGCUGAACUCAAUGCACAAAUACCAGCCACGUAUCCACCUGGUCUUGCGACGGGAAGGUGCAAUCAACGCGCCCAUCACCGAUCUCGAGCAAGAGGAAUUCAAAACAUUCAUCUUCCCGGAGUGCGUGUUCACCGCAGUGACAGCCUACCAGAAUCAACUUAUCACUAAGCUCAAAAUAGACAGCAAUCCGUUCGCUAAAGGAUUCCGAGAUUCUUCGCGUCUCACUGAAUUCGAAAGAUUCUAUAUCACGGGGGAGCACGAAAGAUCAUCAGUCUUCCCCGAUGACGCGCGCUUCAGCGCCGCCAAUUCUAGAGAGACGAUGGAAUCGAUGCUCGCGGAGCAGCACUACUUGCGCUCGCCUCUUCGACCGUUCGAUUUGGAUCAGCACAACAACAAUUUGACACUGGAGGAAAAAGCUAUUCUGGCAGCUCGGUCACAGCUGUUCCUACGUGCGGCGUACCCUUUGUACGGCGUUCCGGCUGCAGCGCUGUGGGGACAGUGGGCCUGCCUGGCUCCUCAACUACUCGCUCAACAGCAUUUGGCAUCCGGGUCGGGGCUGCAGUUGCCGCGACCGGUUUACCCCGGCGGGGUUCCAUCGUUAUCCCAACACCGGUUCUCGCCGUACCCGCCACGUCGCUCGUCUCCCGGCUCGUCUCCGGACUCCCUCCGUGACGCGAGCCCUCAUUCAUUGCCGCCUCAUCCCCCGCACACUCCGCACACCCCUCACCCCCCUCACAGUCCGACUUAGUGCUUUUACGGUAGCGUUUACGACUCGAUCUCUUUCACAUUGCAAACCUAGAGGUUAUUAGAAUAAUAAUGGAAUGGCGCUGUAAUUAUGGUUGCACUUACGUUUGAUUUUUAGUGCGUAAUAUGUUAUAAACAUUGGAAUUUAGUGCUUUCGCAUAUUAAGUGGGUGGUUGAAUAGACUGUGAAAUGAACAUUUCGACCCGAUGUCAGGUCAUUGUUGUACAAUAUUGUAAAAUAAAAUAUUUAAAUAUAAUUUAAGAAUGUAAUUAAUAAUAAUUGUUAUAAUAGCAUAAUAUUAUUAUGUUCCUAAUAAAGUUUUUAGAAUGAUUUUGCGUUAGGUUUAUGAAUUAUUGGCAUUCAUGGAUGGUAAU